AUGACCAAGAUGGCGGUCCCGCUACCCGACGAGAUCAUCGACGACAUCCUUCGCCUUGCCUGCACACUGCCUCCCGUGCACGACCACACCCAUCGGGAACCGCCACAGGACGAGGCUGACAAGAUUCGUGUCCAGUCGUCGGCGCCAAACCUCGACAUCCCCACCACUCUCAAGCUCCUAUGCCUCUCGCCGCAGCACUACCCUUUCAUCGCUGCGAUCCUCUACAAGGGGCCCCGCCUCAGCGACCCGAUCAGCCUCUCCCUCUUUGCGAGGACAUUGGCCACUCGACCCGCCCUCGGUCGCCUCGUCAAGCACCUCUGGGUCGGUCAUGCCUACGUGGGCGAGAAGCUGCCCAUCAAUGCUCUCAACUUUGGUCUGGGAGGCUGCCAGGCCGCCUACGCGCUCAACGACACAAUAGCCACCAUCGGCGAUGUCAGAAAGUGCCUCGCCCAGGGGAUCCCGCCGACGAACAUCCUAUCGCCCGCUUUCGAGAAGAGAAUAGCGCAGUGGGCAGCCUUCCACGUCCACGGCAACUCCAGGACUAUUGAUCCUCUGCGAGCGCCUCGCGGUAUCCACAUUGAUGCGCCCGGCUCGGGCGAUCCCGACUCGCGCGGUUAUCACUGGAUCGGUGUGGAUGAGUGGAUGCUGAGGCUCUGGGACGGCAGGGAUCUCGUCGUCGAACUCAGGGAGGUGGCGUUGCGGGCAUGGUGGCUCGAGCUUCAGAGAUUGCAGCGGCGGCAGGCCAGGUCAUCGUCAAGCAGCCCACAGCGACAGCCGAGUCCAUCAUCGGCAUCGAAUCUCGGGGCGUCGACAGUGACGACAAUGCUAGACGGCGACCUGACCGCUCCCUUCGGCCCAAAGGGAGCGGCCGAACGACGCCCGGGUACCGAGGGCGAUCCCCUGGACUGGUCAAACGCUUCCACGCCGCCGGAGCCAGAGACACCGAGGCCGCCGGAUGCCACGCUCAACGACGAUCAGCCAGUCUAUUCCGAGUCGCUCGAUCUCGACGAGAUCGACCUCGAGCGGGAUCGGUGCUUCGCCGAGAUGGGCGUCAAGAAGCCGGCGUGGAGCUCGCAGAGCUGGUCAGAGAUGGCCACCGUCGGUGACAAGAAGGUGGAAUGGUGGCUGGUCUGGCUCAUUGCAAAAAGCCGGGCGAGGGGCAGGAUCGUGGCUCGCAGGGUGUGGCAGGCGGCGCAGCGCGAGGGCGGAGGUCAUCUCGCUUGGAAAGCGGUGCUUCCACCGGCGAGCCUCAACACGAAGAACCACUUCACGCACCCAACGCUCUUCGCCAGGUCCGGCGCCAGUCACCUCUUGGUCGGUGGCGCGCCACCCUCGGAUCGAGGCGAUGUCUGGAAUGGCGAGCGCGAGUCCGACAUCGACGCCCUGUCCAGCUCGGAUGAAUCCGAGUCGGAGCUCGAGUUCGAAUCCGACGACAGCGACGUCGAGUCGGACGCGGGCGAGGAGCGUCUGGGCCCCAUCGCCAAUCGGGCCACGCGAUCACGAAGGACGGGACGAGGCUCACGCUCCCUGCCCCUCUUUGGCGAGUCGGAGCUGCAGAAGAGCGAGGAUCAGGCCGACCUGUGGGGCGGCGGCAACAACUACGCUAACGGCAACGAGCGCGCCGGCGCCGGCAACAGCGUCAUCGGAUCGAGGGGCGGCAUGUUUGGCUACAGCUCGGCGUUGCGAAGAGGCGACCUUGACGAGCCCGAUGAAGGUCUCGAUGACGGCACCGGCUUCUCGACGAAGCUGCGGGAGCGGACAAGGAGGCGCAACGAAGAGGACCGGCUGCUUUCGGAGAUGACGUUGGGCUCGGUGCUGUCGAGCUUGCGCACGGUCCUGACGCUGGCGCCCAAGCUCCGCAACCUGGCGCUCGACGGAGUCUUUGAGCGGGCAGUCUGCGGCCGUCGACCGAUGGUGGGCAUGGUGAAGCUCAAGAGCCUCUCGCUCGGGCCGCCGCCGCCGUACUGGUCGUCGCCGCUCCUCUUCGGACACCCGAUCUACCAGUCGAAGCGAGAGCUGGUGCAGCGCCAUCACGAUCGGAUGGCACGCGAGUCGCGCGGCGACGCUGCUGGACGUGGCAGCACCAGCGUCUUUCCAAUCCCGGGCAUCCUCAUCCCCGCGCCCUUCUUUGCGACGCUGAGGACGCUGCACAUCUCCGGCUGCAUGCUCUUCGCGACCGAGGCUCGGGCGAUUGGCAGCUUCGGCGGCCAGCUGCCCAACCUGAGGCACUUUCGAUGGUCGCUGUGGCUUCCACACGUCGAAGGUCAUCCGUUUGGCGUGGUCGAGACGCUGUGCGCCGUCAUGGACAUCCCGACUUCCGAGGAGGAGGCAGCCGCGCUGGCCAGCUCGUACAAGUCGAGCGGCGCAUCGUCGUCGCACGACACCGAAACGCGCAAGAGGCGGAGGAAGCACGACGACACGUUCCGGCGUCGCUCGGGCGCCAGCAACCUCUCGAUCCAGGACCUAUCGCUGUCGCAGACGACGGCAGCUCACGAAGCGUCUCUGGCGAGCCUGCUGGCUCGCAAGCGCAAGCUGCGCUCGGUCUACGCGACGCUCCACCCGAUCGACCAGGCCAUCUUUGCGCGCAAGGCGCCGCCGCGGCUGCUGUACGACGACCGGCUCGUCAUCGAGACGGCCACCAACGAGAACGUGACGGACAACCUGCGCGAGAUGACGCGGUGGUGGGAGUGGGAGAGCGACAUGCUGCCCUUUGAGCCGACCAUCAAAAACAUGGCCAGGUUCCAGCGGCAAGAGGCAGAAGCCGCGGCACAGGCGACGGCCGAGGCCGAGGCCGGAGCAGAGGCGGCUGAGGUUGAGGCGUCACAACUGGGCGAUGCAGAGGCGGCAGGCGGAGCAGUCGAGGUCGCUGCCGCCGGUGCCGCUUCAUCGGCAUGA